GACGGGUAGGGCCUUUGCUUGGAUUUCCCUUAUCCGACCGAGCUAUCAAUCAUGGCACUCACUUAUUGAGGAUAAGGCCAUAGACCCGAAGUCGUCCCUAGUCAUGGCCAAUCAACGUUAGCCGCAGCCGGCCCGGCCAGCGCGUCACCUGCACCCUCCGGCUCGCGGAGGACGUACGCGCCACUUGAUCAUAACUGCACUAUAGUGAAUACGAAUUUCCUGCAAUGGUGGAGUCUGGUUGGAAGUCUGGGUUUUGAACCUUAGUCCUUGGCCCUAGUCUUCCAAUGCGUCCGAAUAAGUAUGUGAACUCCAAAGUUUAAAAUAUUAUAAACAUUUUUAAAAACACUUACGAAAUCUAAACUGUGUAUCUAUCCCAAUAAAAUUAGUUCCUUAAAAAUAAUCCGAAUAAAAUGUGUGAACUCUAGGUUUCACCUGGAAUAAUUCUCCCUUGGAAGAAAAACAUUUACGCAAUUUGUAAAAACGCAACCCAGUGACCGAUCAUGCUAUAGAACAUUCUUUUCUGUGGGAUACAGUAACCAGUAACCUGCCAAGUGUGAAGGUUGUAGCGAGAUUAGAGUCUAGCUAGAUACUAGAAGACUAGAGCACACAGAUGCCGGAACCGAAAUGAUCCGGCUAAGCAUCUUGGUUCCGGUCACAUCACGGGGACAUGGAUGUCGUGGUCAUGGCUUACCCCGUUCAAGGGGAACCCAGCGAUUUUCAUGUCAUGUCUUACCAGUCAAAGGGGACACUGGACAAUUCGUGGACGAUGAUCGUUUGCCCCAGUUUUCCAGUCAAAUUUGAACCACCCACUCUGCCGUCCGUCCUCCACAUAUAUAUAUCGUCCCUGCUUACACCAACGUAUUCUCUCAUGCCUGUAGUUCACUGUAAUCUUCCAAAUCUUCCACACCUAUGGCUCCGAGCUGCUGGUUCUUCUGGGCUCUGUGCCUACCGCUGAUGCUCGCGGUCGUCGUGGUGGCCGAGGAGCAAAUAGAAGGCUGCUCGAGGUCGGCCAAGAGAGGCGGCAAUGUGACCGUCUCCGACCCAUUCUGGCUCAGGGAUAGCGUGGCGGAACAAGCAUGUGGCUCCUCAGAUAUCGAGGUCUCUUGCUUCAACGACACCCCAGUUCUACAGAGCUCUAUGGGCGUCGGCUUUACAGUCAUGGACAUGUCUUAUGAGGAGCGCAGCCUGCGCGUUGCUGACGGAGGCAAGCUGUUCUUGCUGCAUCCAUCCAACAGCUGUGACGUGCCGAUCUGGAACACCUCCGCCAAACUGAGCCACCCGUUUAGUAUCAGCCCGGGCAACCUGAAUCUCAUCAUGUACAACUGCACGGAGAAUGGCGGAGCAUCGGCUCUGGCACUCAGGGGCAGAGAGCUGGUGCAGACGAGGAUGGGGUGCGGGAACUCCCCCAUCAACGGCGCGCGGCUUCCUCUUGACAUGGGAGCUCCCCCAUCAAAUCAUGUCCUCAAUGGCUCAAUCCAUUUCCUGGCUAGAGCUAAGACCGCAGUGCCUUUGCUUGGAUUUCCCUUAUCCGACCUUAGCUAUCAAUCACGCCACUCUGUUGUUGAGGAUAAGGCCGUAGACCCCUUUUGGGUUCCAAAGCAGAUCAUUCCCGCCUCGAGUAAAUAGAAUAAAACUACUACUUUACAGGCUAGGGUUCCAAAAAACUACCGAUUUUUAGAUUUUCUCAGAUAACUACCAAAUAAAAGGUCGGCUGUUUCAAAAAACUCAAA